UAAUAAAAAAUGUUAAAAAAUAAUUAAAAAAUAUUAAAAAUGGUUAUAAAAAAGUCUAAAAAAUUAAGAGAAAUAUUAAGAAAAAAGCAUUUUGAAGAAUUAGAAGACUUAGAAAGGCGUAUAAAAGAGUUUAAUGGCACAGAAAAUAUAAAAAUGUUUUCAGAACUUCCAUUAUCAAAGCAAACAGCAGAAGGAUUAAAGGAAAAUCAUUAUAUUGAGCUUACAACGAUUCAGAAAAGAGCUAUUCCAGUUGCUCUUAGUGGUAGAGAUAUUUUAGGAGCCUCAAGAACAGGAAGUGGUAAAACUAUAGCAUUUUUAGUUCCAGUCCUAGAGAAUCUAUUAAGGAAGAAAUGGGGAGUUUAUGAUGGUCUUGGUGCAUUAAUUAUAUCGCCAACAAGAGAGUUGGCAACACAAAUAUUCCAGGUUUUAUGUAAGAUUGGUAAAAAACAUAAUUUUUCAGCGGGUCUUGUAAUUGGAGGGAAAGAUUUACAAGAAGAAGCACAAAGAAUAUCACGAAUGAAUAUUAUGGUAUGUACACCGGGAAGAAUUCUUCAACAUAUGGAUCAAACACCGGGAUUUUAUCUUGAUAAACUACAGAUGCUUGUUUUGGAUGAGGCAGAUCGUAUUUUAGACAUGGGAUUUCAAAAAACUAUAGAUUCUAUUAUUGAAAAUUUGCCAAGCAAUAGACAAACAUUACUUUUUAGUGCAACACAAACAAAAAGUGUUAAAGAUUUAUCUAGAAUAUCACUUAAAAAUCCGGAUUAUAUAGCAGUUCAUGAAAAGGAAAAUAGUUCUACACCACCAACACUUUCGCAAUAUUAUUCUAUUAUUCCAUUGGAUGAGAAGAUCAAUAUUCUUUUUAGUUUUAUAAAAACACAUUUAAAAUCGAAAACAUUAGUUUUUAUGAGUACAAUUAAAGAGGUACGUUUUAUCUAUGAAACAUUUAGACAUUUACAACCCGGGGUUCCACUACUACAUCUUUAUGGAAGAAAAAAACAGAAUUCAAGAAAUCUUAUAACAACACAAUUUUUUUCAGCAAAACAUGCAGUCAUGUUUUGUACAGAUAUUGCAGCACGUGGACUUGAUUUUCCAAUGGUAGACUGGGUUUUGCAAUUCGAUUGUCCUGAAGAUGCAGAUACAUAUAUUCAUAGAGUAGGAAGGACUGCAAGAUAUGAUAAAAGUGGAAAAGCACUUCUAUUUCUUUGUCCAAGUGAAAUAAAAAUAUUAGAACGUCUGGAACAAAAGAAAGUUCAAAUACAAGAAAUUAAAAUAGGAAAUUCUAAAAAGAUUGAUAUUUCAAAACAGCUUCAACAUCUAUGUUUUAAAGACCCUGAAAUUAAAUAUUUAGGACAAAGAGCUCUUGUAAGUUAUUUAAAAAGCAUUUAUCUUCAAAAGGAUAAAGAAGUAUUCAAAUUUGAAGAAUUACCUAUUGAGGAAUUUUCAUCAAAAAUGGGGCUUUUAGGUCAUCCAAAAAUUAAAUUUUUACAAGGUUUAAACAGUAAAAUUUUAAAAAAUAAGCCUAAAGAAUUACAAAAACACUUAAAUGAUGAAAUUGAUAAAGAAGAAACAACUAAAACUAAAUAUGAUAAAAUGUUUAAACGUACAAAUCAAAAUGUUAUAUCAGAACAUUACAGAAAUAUGAUAGAAGGCAAUGAUUUAUCAAUUAGCCAUGAUUCUGACGAUAAUGAUGACUUCAUGAAAGUUAAAAAAGUACAUAAUGAUUUUAAUGAUGAACCUUUAGAAAAUUGUUAUAAAACCCUUUCAAAACGAAAACAAAAAAUCGCUUUGUCAAAAAAAGCAAUGCUUAAAUAUCGUCCUAAAGGAACAAAAUUAUUAUAUGACGAUGAAGGAAAUAUAUCUAAUAUUUAUCAAUUUCAGAACGAAACUUCAUUUCAUAAAGAAGGUACAGCUGACGAUCAAAAGAAAAAAUAUAUCCAAAAACAAAAAGAAAAAAUGUUACAAAAUGACCUUAUAGAUAAAAUACAAACAAAAGAAAAAAGACAUCAAAAAAGAAAAAAGACUUCAACUUUCAAAGAAAAAAAUAUUACACAAAAUACCUUCCAAAACGAUAUUAAUUCUCAAUUAUCUUCAUCUUUAUCUUCAUCAUCAUCAUCAUCUUCUUCUUCAUUCACUAAUAAUCAUUCAUUUAUACUGACAAAAAAACAAAAAACAUCUUUUAACAAUAUUAAUUCAAAUGAUCCCUCGAUCAUACAAGUAGAACAUCUUGAUACACUUCAAGAUCAUGAAAAUCUCGCAUUAAAAUUAUUAAAUUCUUAUUAACAUUAAAUUAAACACUAAUAAUCUAAUAUAUUUCAUAUUUCU